UGCUCGCGUGGGGAGCGCCGCCCGUAGCCCGACAGCCAUGGACUUGAGUCGUUGACCUCUUCUCCCUUCAGGGUUGCCACUGGCUAUGGCUGCCGCGAACAUUUCCAAAUACAGCGAGUAUUUCCGGCCCGAAAAGUUGAAAGAAUGGCCGGAGCCCGAGUUGGUGUCUUUAAUGGAGGUAUUGGCUAGAGAAGACAUUGAUGAAGCUGUCCAUGCAAUAUUAUUUAGAGAAAAUUACGCUGUGAAGCGACUGGAUGCUUACAUUCAGAGCCUGGAUAUUUUUAAGGAAAGAAGAAAAGAGAUGUUACAUAAAAAAUGGGUCCAGAAUGUUGCCAGUCCUCUUCAGCAGAGAAUUAUGGAAAAAGUAAUUUCGGGUAGAAGAAUUGAAAAGAUGAAACAAGAGAAUUUUGAGCUUUUCUUAAAGCACACCAAUAAAAGGGAAACUGUGUGCGGAGGCCAUCAUAGUCCUGAAGUGUAUGACCCUUAUUAUAUGAAGAAAAAGAACCCGAAUUAUGGAAAGGUCACAGUCCCGCCAUUUUCUGACCCUCUGUUCCGAAGACAGCAAGAGACAGAGGAGGAGAAGAGAGCGAACCUUCAGUAUGAGACAGGAAAGCGGUAUUCUGUGAAAGAAUUCAAAGAACUAGAGAAGGCCAGGCUGCAGGUCAGGCUUCCACAGUUCACGUUCACCUUGCACAGUGCGGUCCCCAGAGGGCGGCGUCCAAGCUCGGUGAGGCCUGCACGAAGCAGCACUCGGGGAAAAUUCAGUCCCAAAAAGCUGCCCUGUGCAGAAAAGCCACCUCCGCCCGCGGGAGAGGUCACCGACGUGAGCCAGCUGGCUUUCGAGAGGCAGUUUCUCUCCUCAAAGCUCUGCCUGGGGCUGAGAGGGGCUGAGCAGAAGACUCUUCAGGUGUCAGGCGCCAGACAACAGAGACCUCACUCCUGGGCACCCGGGGACUGCAGACAGAGAGGGACAGCGCCACCUGUGCCAAGAAGAGUAAUGACAGCUGAGCACCUGGGCGAGUACCUGGCUGCCCUGCAGGCAGCAGUCCAGCAAGGCCGCAGUGGUGUGUGUUAAAAUAUGGUUGAAAUAUUGCAUUGGUGUUUUCUUUUUCCAUAAGUGGAAAUAUUGCAAAAAGUAUUCAAAUAAAAAUAAGGCUUUUGAGCUCA